AUGGUAACCAUGCAAGUGUUCAGCUGGAGCAUUUUCAAACAGAAAAAUAGAACGGCAGACACGAGUUGCUGUUUAAAGAGAAAGAGGAUGGGCAGCAGCUUGGAAAGUGGUAGCAUGGGAAUCUGCCAGUCCAAAUUCUGCAGCGUGAAGCCGACAAGUCUUUCAGUUCUUAUAAGGCAAAUUAAACUACCACACCACACCUACAGGGAGGUGUCCAGGAGUGGUCGUUCCAUUCCUACAUAUAUUAAAGAAAGGAGUGAUGAUUGCCGUCUCAAACUCCAAUCCUUAGCACAACACAGACAAGAGGUUUUGGACAAGACAGUGGGUCCAUGGAGGAACCUGGAAAACUAUUCCUAUGACCAAUAUCACCCCAUGGAGGAGAUCUAUCAGUGGAUGAGCCAGAUAAGCGAGAAGUACAGGGAAGUGGUGACACAGCAUCUCCUGGGAACGACCUAUGAGAACCGGACCAUGUAUUAUUUGAAGAUUAGUCAACCAUCCAAUAACACCAAGAAGAUCAUCUGGAUGGAUUGUGGAAUUCAUGCCAGGGAAUGGAUUGCUCCAGCUUUUUGCCAGUGGUUUGUUAAAGAAAUACUACAAAACUAUAAAGAGAAUCCAAGGAUAAGCAAGUUCCUUAGGAACCUGGACUUCUAUGUGCUUCCGGUCUUUAACAUAGAUGGUUAUAUCUAUACCUGGACGACUGAUCGUCUCUGGAGGAAAUCCCGCUCAUCCCAUAAUAAUGGCACGUGUUUUGGGACGGAUCUCAAUAGAAAUUUCAAUGCAUCCUGGUGUAGUACUGGUGCAUCUAAGAACUGUGAAGAUUUAAUAUUCUGUGGGACGGGACCAGUGUCGGAACCAGAAACAAAAGCCCUCUCCAGUUUUAUAGAGAGCAGGAAGAAGAACAUCUUGUGUUUCCUGACCAUGCACUCUUACGGGCAGCUCAUUCUCACACCGUAUGGCUACACCCAAGAUAAAGCAAGUAACCAUGAAGAGCUGAUUCGAUUUGGACAGAAGGCAGCAAAUGCAUUGAAAGCAAAGCAUGGAACCAAUUAUAGAGUUGGAUCAAGUGUGGAUAUUUUAUAUGCCACAUCAGGAUCCUCAAGAGACUGGGCCCGAGACAUUGGCAUCCCCUUUUCAUACACAUUUGAGCUGAGGGACAAUGGGACCUAUGGGUUUGUUCUGCCAGCGGCUCAGAUCCAGCCCACCUGUGAAGAAACCAUGGAGGCCGUACUCUCCAUCCUGGAUGAUGUGUAUGCAAAAUACUGGCAAUCCAACAGUGCUAGGAAGGUGACAUCUGCCACUGCAGGGCUGAUCCUGCUGAUGUCCUUCAGUUCUCUUCUCUAAAUGCAUCCAAGCUAAGUCUGCUCAAUCCCAGAGAAAUGGAUGUGGCUGGAAGGAGGGUGUGCUGUGACUGUAGAGAAUCCAAAUAAUUUAACUGGAAACAAUUUGUCUGAAUAA